AUGUUAUUUUUCUUAUUAAUUCUUUCAUCAGCUAUUAUUCUAAUUCAAACUGCACCAGCCGAACAAGCUCAAUCUACAACAAUUUUUACGACUAAUGAAUUACCUUCGACUGGUUCUUCGUUAGACUAUCGUAUUCUACCAUAUAUUGGUAACGGCCAUUUAGCUACGGUUGCAUUUAGUGAAUUCAUCUAUAUGAAUGGUCUCUACAAUGGUGACAAUGGUACCAGUCAUCGAGCACGAAUUCCAAGUACACUUAAUUGGCAAUUUAAAAUUAAUUUAUCAUCAUCUGCGUAUACGUUGAAUGUUUCAUCAGGUGUCUUCACUGAAACAAUUGAAAAUGAUGAAAUUCGUAUUGAACGACAUCUUUUUGCUUCGCAGGAAUAUACAGAAUUAUUAAUUGCAUAUGUAGUAAUUACACGAUUAAAAUCUACAGGAAAGAAAAUUGUGGUACCUAUUGAAGUCAACGAACAGAGGACGAGUAUUGAUAUUGAUUUUAAAGUUGACACAUAUGAUGAUAAAUAUGUUCUUUUGUCUGGAGAAACACGUCAAGUAGAAAAUGAUCAAUUCCAAAAAGAACCAUUAUCUGUAUUUGUUUAUUACACACCAUUGCCUGUCAAUGGAUUAAAACUUGGCAAACACGAAAAAAGUCGAACAUACCUUUUUGUUACUUCAAUUGAUGAGCAAAAAUCACGAGCUAAAUCAAGUUUUGACUAUGCAACCCAUAAACGACAGACAGAUCAAAUAUUAUCAUCGCAUGUAUCAAGAUGGAAUGAUAUUUGGUCCGAUGGACAUGUUGAAGUGAGCGGAGAUGAUGAGUUACAACGACAAAUUAAUUCUGCAUUCUAUUAUAUUCUGAGUUCUCUACCACCAUUAUCAACUCGCAGUGAACAUAAACAAUUCUAUGGUCUCAGUCCUGGUAGUCUUUCGAGAGGUGGCUUUUUAGGUGAAGACUACGGUGGUCAUUCGUUUUGGGAUACAGAAACAUGGAUGUUUCCAUCAGUUCUUCUUUUCUAUCCUACAUUGGCUAAAGAAAUAUUAUCCUAUCGAAUCGCUCUACGUGAUUCUGCAGUUGAUAAUGCUCGUCUAUUUGGUUAUGAAGGAUGGAGAUUCCCUUGGGAAAGCGCCAGAACUGGUGUUGAUGUUACACCCGAUUGUUGUCCUGAAGUUCGUCUCUAUCAAAUGCAUAUUACAGGCGAUAUUGCAUUUGCAGCAAGACAAUAUGUUGCAGCAACAGGUAAUCGAGAUUGGAUAUCGAAUGAACUUGGCGGUGAUCUUAUCUAUGAGUCUGCUCGAUUUUGGGGCUCGAGAGCUGUAUACAAUAAUAAUAAAAAACAAUAUGAAAUAUUAACUGUUUUACCACCAGAUGAAGAUGCUCAACCAUUCAAAAAUAAUUCUGUCUUUACGAAUGCAGUUGCUGCACUAUCUAUUCAAUUAGCUGAUAGUGUCAGUUGCAUUACUAACAAAAAGACACCUCAAUCUUGGAUUGAUAUUGCAUCCAACUUACAUUUUCCAUUCGAUAACUCUACUCAAACUCAUCUUGAAUAUGAAGGUUUUGACUUGAAGAAUACAACAAUAAAACAAGCAGAUGUUGUUCUUCUUGGAUUUCCAUUGAUGUGGCCAAUGAGUGAUCAAGUAAGACGGAAUGAUUUAUUAGCCUAUGAACCAUUGACUCGUGCUGAUGGCCCGGCUAUGACAUGGUCAAUGCAUUCAAUUGGUUUUAUUGAAUUAGGAGAUUUCAACAAAGCUGAACAACUUUUUCAACGUGCAUAUGAAACUUACGUUAGACCUCCGUUCAAUGUAUGGACUGAAGCUAAAUCAGGAGUAGGUGCAGUUAAUUUUAUAACAGGUGCAGGAGGUUUCCUACAAGCUGUUCUUUAUGGUUAUGGUGGUAUUCGUUUAAAAUUAGAUCAACUUGAAUUUAAACCUCGUGGUCAUCUUCCAAACCAAGCUACAAAACUUGUUAUUCGUGGUAUAAAAUAUCAGGGAACUAUCAUUGAUUUGACUAUUGAUAAUAAAAUGUAUGACAUUUUUGUACGUGCACAGAGUAGCAAAAAUGAUGUUCCACUUAUAUACAAACAAGGCGAACAUCAUGGUUCACUAAAACUUAUGGAUCGUCUCUCAUUUCCCAUCGACACUCAACUUAUUAUUCGUCGCUUGGUACCACUUUGCCCUUAA